GGUUAGACGUCCGUCUCUCUGCUGUCGUUAUAUUCACCGGUUGUUGUAUUUCAGAGUGAAUCUCAAAGCUUGAGUAAUAAAGCUGCGUAUCUAAAGCGAUUCAUUGUGCGUGUCUGAAUCGCCUUUUUCAUUUUUUUUUUGUUUGAAUAUUAACCUCGUCACUUUUUUUCCUACUAAACGUGGAUCUAGUUAAGACUUGGUGUUGUUAGUUGGAUAUUGAGAUUAUUAAAAUAAAAUAGUUGGAGUCACCCCUGCAGUCCGAACGACGCACGUCGUCGUCGUCUUGGUAGUCGUCAUUGUAACCUCAUCGGCGGACUUGUAAUGUGCAUUGAUAGUUGAUUGACAGCGCCUAUAUUUUAACGUCUUGUGGUGCAUGCUAAUAAAAAUAUAAAACGUGGUGUUUUGUUUCUUGUUUUUGGGAAUAAAGUGUGAAGGCAGUGUUUCAGACUUGCAUUGCAUUUAUUUGUGAUUGUUUUGGUUUCGAUUUCGAUUACCUAACCCGGCGGAUGACAAAACAAACUAACCUUACCUCCAACGUCUUUGUCUUCAUAGUUCAUCGCCACUGCCUCUGCCGCAUCUUGAAUGUGAUUUCUUUCAAACAAUUUUUGAACUAGUGCAACAGAGCGUUAUGCCCCUUAAGAGUGCAAUAAUAAAACAAAAAGUAAUAGUAUGUUGUUAAUUGAGUCGUUAAAUGUGUUAAUUUGAAAGUUUAAACAAGUAGUUAAUUGUCAGCCAUCAAAUCGAGUUUAUAAUUAAAAGAAAGUAAAUUUAAAUUAAAAAAAAAGAAGUAAUAACAGACAAAUACCAAAAACAAAAAGAACUUAACUUAAACAAGGAAUAUUCUCCAUUUUUUUGCAACAAAGGUACCAAAAUGCCGACGAUAAAUACAAACGAUGAUAAAGAAAUGAAACUCUUUGGUGAAGCACAACAUACCACUAUUGACAUCACUCCAGAAGUUAGUAUAAUUCCAAGUCAUGUGAUAGAAGUCUUACCAGCAAUGAAUGGAAAUGAAAAUGGUGGAGUCAAUAAAAGAUUAUCUUCCACAGAUAAUAUCGCGGUCAUUGAAAUUGAUAGUAAUCAUCUUUAUCCUCAGACAGACAUAAUGGCCAACUACGAUGAUGUUAUGCAAAGAGCCAGAACGGCAUUCGCAAGUGGAAAAACCAGAAGUUAUGAAUUUCGUAAAAAACAACUGGAACAACUUCUUAAAAUGUACGAAGAGCACGAGUCUGAUAUGGUAAGCGCACUAGAAGCCGAUUUGCGCCGUCACAAACAAGAAAGCAUCAUUGUUGAAACAGAACUGAUGAAGAACGAUGUCAUUCAUAUAUUGUACAAUCUAAAAGACUGGAUGAAACCUGAAAAGCCUUCAAAAUCAUUUGUCAAUCUAUUGGAUGACGUUAGCAUUUAUAAUGAUCCCUUCGGUGUUGUCUUAGUGAUUGGUGCAUGGAAUUACCCAUUGCAAUUGUUGUUAGUACCUGUGGCAGCUGCGAUAGCAGCUGGUAAUUGUGUCGUUAUCAAACCCAGCGAAAUUUCAGCUAAUUGUGCUAAAUUUCUGGCCGAAACAAUACCCAAAUAUUUGGAUAAUGACUGUUAUCCAAUAGUAACAGCUGGGCCAGCGGAGACUGCGGAACUUUUGAAACAACGUUUCGAUUAUAUUUUCUACACAGGUUCAACGAGAGUAGGAAAGAUAGUUCAUGCUGCUGCCAAUAAAUACCUCACUCCUGUCACACUAGAAUUAGGUGGAAAGAGCCCUUGUUACAUCGACCAAAGUGCAGACCUACGAGUCACGACAAAGCGAAUUCUCUGGGGAAAACUGAUUAAUGUUGGACAGACCUGCAUUGCCCCAGACUAUAUAUUAUGCUCGAAGGAAAUUCAAGAAAAGUUCAUUGCUGAAGCCAAAGAUGUAUUAAAGGAAUGGUAUGGAGAAAAUCCAAAGGAAAGUCCCGAUCUGUGUAGGAUAAUAAAUGCCAAUAAUUUCCAACGCCUGCUUGGACUGAUGAAAUGUGGAAAAGUUGCCGUUGGUGGAAAGUAUGAUGUUGCUGAGCGAUUCAUCGAACCAACAAUUCUGACUGAUGUUAACCCCGAUGAUUCCAUAAUGCAGGAAGAAAUCUUUGGUCCCAUCUUGCCCAUAUACAAUGUUGAAAAUGCAUAUGAUGCAAUCAAUUUUAUAAAUGCCAGGGAGAAGCCUUUGGUUGUGUAUGUCUUUGAUAAUUCAAAGUCAAACAUUAAGAAUUUCCUAAGUAAUACAUCGAGUGGUGGAUUUAGCAUCAAUGAAACCUUAAUGCAUUGUGCAGUUGAUACACUUCCAUUCGGAGGUGUUGGAUAUAGUGGAAUGGGAUCUUACCACGGAAAAUAUGGUUUCGACACAUUUACACACAAAAAAUCGUGCCUAGGAAAAAAUUUCAAUCCACUUGGAGAGUUUUUGGCAUCUGGGCGCUAUCCUCCUUACUCUGAUCGAAAAGCCACCAUUCUGUCGAUGAUCCUCAAAAAGCGAAGGCCAUUCCCUAACAUUUACUUGUCACAUCUUUUAGCCCUAGGUCUAGGAGUUGGAUUGACUCUGCUAGUGAAUAAUUAUCUGCAGCACAAAUUUAAAAUGUUUUUCAAGGGAAAAUUAUUGUCUCGCUAAAGAGAGCCCAUAUUGGUGUUGUACAUUUAUCUCCAUCAACAUUUGGUUUGAUUACAUAUAAAAUGUAGUUGUUCCAGCUGCAUUUUGAACAUUGUAUUAACAUUCUUGUUGUAGAGCCAUCAUCAUUUAACUCACAGUACUGUGAAAAUAAAAGGAGCCAUCAUCUAAUUCAAAAACAUAAAUAUUUAAAUUGCAGUAAUUUGUAGAGUAUUUCUUGAAACUUUUAAGUAUUUUGUUUAUUUAAGUUUAUGAAAUAUGUUUAACGGUAUUUGUCAUGUAAAUGUAUUAUUAUGAGUAUUUUUUAACUAACAGCAUUAUUUAAAGGAUACAUGGGCAACUCACUGUAAAAAUUGUAUUUUUUUUGUAUUAAAAUUGAAAUAAAUAUGUUAACUUUA